CUCAAAAGCAUUCAAAUAUAGAAUAUACGAAAACUUCAGUGCCAAAAAAUCGAGAAAAUGACUAGCUCCACUUCAACUAUUAUCUUCGCCUUAUGCGGACUCUUCGCAAUCGCCAUAGCACAUCCACUACUGGAAGAGUCAGCGCCAUACAAUGACGAAGCCGCGGUUUAUCUUGUCGCUGACCAAAACUGGCUGGAGGGCGAGCCUUCGGAGCUGCUAGUGCGUCAUGCGCGUUCACCGUCUUCUUCUGAGGAAUCUUCAAAGGAAGAUAAAGGCAGGGGCAGAGUUGAACUGAAAUACGAGGAGACGGAGCGAGGACGAGAGGGCAGCUUCAAGUACAAUCACAAUUUGUUGAAAAGCGACGACGACAGUUAUAGCAUCGACGCCUAUGCGCAGGGCAGACGUAAUUAUGAUUGGAAUCAGAACGAUUUCCAAGGUGGACUCGAAGGGCGUUGGAAUUUUAGGGGUUAAUGCCAUGAACGAAAAUUAAUAAUAAAUUUAUAAAUCUGUAUAUGCAAACGCCUUACUAA